CCAGACUGGCUGCUCUUCGCGGGCCGCCGAUGGAAAAGAAGAUCCCCCAGACGAUGACGGGAAGAGGAAGGAGCACGUGAUGACUAAAGAUGAAACGGAAGUUGCUGAGACAUUAGUUGCUGCUAUAGAUGCGGGAUAUAGGCACAUCGAUACAGCGUUUGCAUACAGGAACGAAGCUCUCAUUGGCAGGGCUCUUCAGACGGUAAUCAGCUCAGGAAAGGUCAAAAGAGAAGAUUUGUUCAUUGUUACUAAGCUUCCAUGUAACGGUCUUCGUCCAGAAUCUGUGGAAUAUUUCUUCAAAAAGUCGCUGAAGGAUUUGCAGUUGAAUUAUAUCGAUUUAUAUCUGAUACAUUUUCCAGUACCAGCGCAACGGACUGAUGAUGAUUAUGCAAUAUUCCCCAUGAAAGACGGCGUAUUCCUGGCAGACACGGUUGACUUGACCGACACUUGGAAGGCCAUGGAACAUCUAGCAGAUAAAGACUUAGCAAAAUCCAUCGGAAUUUCAAACUUCAACAGCGAACAAAUUCAGAGGGUAUACAAUGCUGCAAGGAUAAAACCUGCUGUGCUUCAGGUGGAGUGCCACGCCUACUUACCACAGUAUGAGCUUCAUAACUUCUGCAAAAACCUGAACAUUGCGUUUACAGCAUAUUCACCAAUCGGAGCUCCUGGCCAACCAGAGUUCAAAAACAGGGACACUCAAGAACACAGGUUGCUGGAGGACCCCAAGUUAAAGCCUAUCUGCGAGAAGUAUGGAAAAUCUCCUGCACAAAUACUACUUCGUUAUCUCACCCAGCGUGGUAUAAUCGUCAUUCCAAAGAGCUCUAACCCGAGGAGGCUAAAGGAAAACAUGCAGAUAUUCGAUUUCUCUCUAUCUGACGAAGAUAUGAACGAUUUGAAAUCCCUAGCAAGAGGAAGACGAUACUUCACAAUGGACAGCUACAAAGGGCUUUCCGAUCAUCCUGAAUACCCCUUCAAGAUUCCUUUCUGAAAGUUGUACGAAUGAACAUUGGAACGGAAAUGGAAGUUGUACAACGGCAAAUUCUAAUGCAGAAGAAAUUAUAUUUUACUGAUUAUAUUAUUUCUUAAAAAUUAAAAUAUUCCAAACUGUUAGGCAAUUAUUUCUUGUUU